CAUUCAUUCAUAAACGUCAAAAAGUUGUAUGUUUGGUGGGGAAGUAAACAUUAUGUUUUUUCUCGAUGUAUUUGAACUAAACUAGAAUUAUUAUCACAACAACAAUAAUAUAUUGUUAGAUAUAGUGUGUGUGUUAGCUGUUAAUUAAAUCAAAAGUUAUGGAGCCGCCUUCACCAUGGAAAAGACCAAACGAAGUUAUGCAAUUACACAAGUUGAAAAGACGAAAGAAGGCUUUGCAGGAGCGUAUGAAACAACCGGCUCCUUCAACCAGUAACGAGCCAGUCGCCACGAGCCAAACAGUAGAUCUAGAUUUUUCCAGAUUAAUAAACGGAGAUUAUGGAGACAAAAGAAAAAAUCCCUUUUCGAAAAACAACUCUCAAGCAACCAAAAAGCCGAAAGUGGAAGUGGAAUCGCCUUUAGACGAGUCAAACGACAAAACAUUAUUUGCACUGCUGAAGUUACCUGCAAAAUUACCACAGAAACCUCCCCAAGACCUGGACACAGAGAAACUUUCCACAUUCUCCAAUUUACUGCAGAAAUUCACAGCAGAGCAUUCCGUAGAACCUCAACAUAUCGAGAAGAAGUAUAAAUAUCUGCCCAUUGAUUGGGCAUUAAAAACUAAGAUUAGGUUAAUGUCCCCAAAGCCUUUUGCUUGGACAUCCAAGUUGAAAGCAAGUGAAGAAGCGUCAGGAAUCACAGGAUUCGUCCGCUGCCUCGACACCACCUCAUCAUCGUCUCUGGACACAUCUCCACGUGCGUUGUUCCACCAGACCUGCCUGUACUGGCAGCACCCGCACUUGCCAUGGCUGCAGCUGUUCCCGCGCUCGUCGGGCAAGGUCGCGGCUACCAGCUUCAUGGCCACCAAUGAGGAUGUCAAGCAAGCCCUGCAUAGGGAGUGGACGGAGAGCUUCAGGUCUCUGUUUCAGCUUGUACGAGCACUGCACUGCCCAUACUUCUACGUGUGCGCGAACACGUUUACGGUACUGUUCCGCGCGGCCGGCGUCUGCGGCGUGACGGAACCCUGUGCGCUCAUCGCGCCCACCUCACGUGGAUUCCGGCAAGCGCUGCGGCAGGAAGAUGUUGAAUUCACAAUGCCGCUCCGUUCGGACACCAAGAAAAGACUGAGCAACUCCGACGAGGAGAAGCCGAAGAACUCCUCGUUCGACAGCUGCUACGACACCAUGGACGAGGGCUCUAGGCUUGACCCUCCGGAGGGCAAGGAAGACGACGGGUCAGGCGACGAGGACCCUGACCAGUUCCUCUCACAGUUGGGGCUGGAGACGGAGGUUAUAAAGAAGAUCAACAUCAACCAAACCCGAGUGACCCAAACCGCGGAAAGCAGCGUGGACAGCGCAGCCGAGUCUCUGGUAUUCGUGCGUGGCGCGGACGCGCAGGCGCUGUUCAACUUCCUACUCAACUGCAAGUCCGUGGUGGGCCCCACCGGGCCGCUGGCCGGCGUGCCGCCAACGCUGCUGGCGCCCGUGGCCUUCCAUGGAGGCACGCUGCAGGCGCUCAAGGUCCGCGAGAACACGGUCCACUCGGACAGCAAGAAGUACUACUCGAUCGAGCUGCGCGGGCCCGUGCUGCCGACGGCGCUGCACUCGCUGCUGCGCGUCCUGCGAGACAGUUCUGCUGCUACCUUCAGCGCCACCUGCGCGCACCACGCGCCCUCGAAAGCGUUUAGCACGCCGCGAGCGCACACCGCGCCAGACGACAGCUCCAAAGAGAACGAACCGAACGCGUUCAGCAAAGCGUUCAACAAGGAGAACCUUUCCGACUGCGGCAUCAGCGAAGACAUGCUGCAGCACUUCUGCUCGCCAGACCCAAACCUGGUCACGCUGCUAGACAGCGUCAAGUACAACGCAGAAGACGACACUUACUCCUGGUGACGCGUGUUUUAUUUAUAAGUCAGUUGUUGAACGUGUUUUGUAUCAAUUGAGAUCAUGAAUUAAAAUAUUUUUCAUAAA